AGUUGAUGACAAAGCACACUCACCGACGAAGUCACAAGUUGUAAGGCAACAUGAAGAUCAUCAUCCUAUUCGCUGUAUUGGCCGUAGCCAGCGCUGAUGUCUCCAGCUUCGCGUAUGAAGUAGCAGACCCUUACACUGGGGACUUCAAACACCAGUUCGAGACCCGGGCAGGCGACCGGGUGCAAGGACAAUACGGCCUUCUAGAAUCUGAUGGAACACGGCGGACGGUGGACUACACCGCUGGUUCUGAGGGCUUCAACGCUCUUGUGCGGAAGGACCCUGCUGUGUUUGCGCCGUUUGCCGCUCCCCUCUCACCUGCAGCCAUUGCUUCAUAUCCCUAUGCGUAUGGACCUUACACACCAUAUGCUUUCUCGCGGUAUGGAGUUUAUGGCUACACUGCUCCCUACGGCUAUCGGCGGUUUUACUAGACAUUGGUUUUGAUCCGUUUGAUUACGUUUCGGUAAACUCCGUAUGUACCAAAUAAAAAUACAAUCAUACUGUAAUUAUAAAGCA